CCAAGUACGCUUUGAUGUUCGCCCCCCGCGCCGAGCCCACCGAGGCCGCGCUCAGCGUCAGCAAUAGCGCGGUGCUCCGUGCUCUCGUCAGGACGGGGCUCGUCGUCGGAACCACCGUCGUAGCACAGGCUGUUCCCUUCUUCGCCGACGUUGUGGGCCUAACAGGCGCGCUCUUUGGCUGCACCACGACGAUGCUGCUGCCGUGCCUGUGCUACCUCAGGGUCCGCUCCAAGACCGGGGGCGUCGUCAAGACGGGGCUGGAGACGGCAGCUUGCCUGGCCAUCCUUGCGGUUGGCGCCGCGAUUGUUGGGUUCGGAACUUACAGCUCUGUGAAGCAGAUGCAUCAGAGGUUGUGAUUACGCGUGCGGUCAAGUCUUCAGUAAUACGUACUACUGUGUUAUCGGUAUUUACUGUUCAUCAUCCAGUUGUCGGAAUCUAUUCAGUUCAACUGUUAGGUGUAGUUCUUCAGUUAAUUUCCGAAUAAGCAGCAGCGCGGGUCUGUUCGCAUGCUGCUGCCUGCUAGUAACAAACUAGUCCUAGUCUGGAGUAGUAGUUAGUUGGCCUCAUGGAUCUCGUCCUGGGAUGACACGACUUGCCCGACCCUUGUGCCACAGUGCACGUUGAGGGCCUAUUCGGUUCACAGGAAUAUGAAACGUAGGAAUGGAGAAACCCAUAGAAAUGAGAAAGGAAC